UAAUUAACUAGGGUAUCCUAUUUUAGAAUACUUUCCUACAAACCUACCAAACAGAUAGCCGCAAAAUAGCCAAAAUCUCACUAAGAUCUUUCCCCCAAGAAAACUCUAUGGAUUCAGAGCCGGAGACGAAGCUCAUUUCACUCAUUUAUCAGCUAAUUACCCUCGACGACUUUCAUCGGGCUGUGUUACACUUAAUGAAACCGGAAUGGGAGUCAAAGAUCAAACCAAUGGUUAUUCAGAUAAUCCAUCUCGUCAGGUCAAUGGAUUUGGAGUCGGAGUCGGAGCUCAUGUCACUCGUUACUCAGACAAUCUCUCUUUUCAACUCUACUGAUUUGGAUUCCCAGCCGAAGCCUCUUUCGCAGCUCAUAACACUCCUUUCUCAAAAAGUCUCUCUCGACAGCGCUGUAGAUACGGAUUUGGAGUUCUCGUCACUCCUGCCUCAAACAGUCAAACUCGAUCCUCAGCCGGAACUCGUGUUACUUAUCUGUCAAAUAGUCUUCCUCGUUGUCUAUUCACAGUUCAAAAAGCUUAUUUCCUUACGCCCUCAAGUACAAGUAGAUUUGAUACAAGGAAAGUUUCAUGUGGAUGAAGAGCCCUUGCCGCACGGCUAUGGAAAGUGGAAUUGUCUCCCUACAAAUUGGGAACAAUUCAGAUUAGCAAGAGAAGAUGCUACACAUUUUCUUUGCAGAGGUUGCAAUGGCAAGAACCAUGAGAGAUAUGACGAGGCUCCAGUUGAAAUCAAGCACCUACUUCAUCCAAAACAUUUUCUUCAGCUUGCCCUGUUGAGUUAUUUUUCUCCAACAAGGAAAUGUUAUUGUUGUGAUGAAGAUCUGAUAAAGGUAUUUUAUUAUUGCUCUGCUUGCGAUUUUGCUAUCAAUAUAGCUUGUGCCGAGAAACCACCAGUCUUAUCUAUAAACCAUCCAAGGUGGCAUGAACAUACUCUUGCUUUGUUCCCAAGACGUGCUUCCUUAGUCUGCAACGUCUGCGCCUUGCCCGAUUCAACCUCCCCUAUCUAUAUGUGUCCUCCUUGUGACUUUGUGGUCCAUCUGAGAUGUCUCAGCUUACCACGUGUUAUAAGGAUAUCCCGGCAUGUCCAUCGUAUUGGUUUUACUCCAUCUUUUGACCAAGGAGAUUGGUCUUGUGGUGUUUGUCGCACAAAGAUUGAUAAUGAUUGCGGUGGCUACUCUUGCAUCAAGACCGAUUGUUCGUACACUGCUCAUUCAAGAUGUGCCACGCAGAGAAAUGUGUGGGAUGGCUUAGAACUCGAGGGCGAGCCCGAAGGAAUUGAAGAAAAAGAAGUCGAGCCGUUUGUGAGGAUUAGCGAUGGAAUCAUACAGCAUUUCACUCAUCAACAUCAUCAUUUGAGACUCAAUGAGAACACUGGAAGAGAUUACGAUGAGGAUAAGGUGUGUCAAGCAUGCGUCAUGCCAAUCUAUUUUGGUAAAUUUUACUCUUGUAUGCAAUGCGAAUUCAUUCUUCACGAGACGUGUGCGAAUUUUCCUCGCAAAACAUAUAGCCCGAUACAUCCACAUCUACUCACUCUAAUAGGAGGAUAUGAUGGUGUCCAGCCAGUUACAUGCUCAGCUUGUAACUGGAUAUGUUCGGGUUUCUUUUACAAGUGUGGUGAAGAAGAUUGUGAUUUUCAGCUGCAUGUGCAGUGUGCUACAAUUUUUGAGCCAUUAGUCCGUGGAAGUCAUGCACAUCCUUUAUUCCUAACAUCCAAACCAGAAGAACGAAGAAAAUGUUGUGUUUGCAAAUCUUUAAGUCUUUCUAUGGAGAAUGAGACAUUCAAUUGCAUUGAGUGUGAGUGCGACUUUGCUUUGUGUUUCAAAUGUGCUACUUUGCCUGAAAAGGUGAGGUAUAAGCAUGAUGAUCAUAUGCUCACUCUUUCUUAUGGUAAGGAAACAAGUACCAUGAUGUAUUGGUGUGAAGCUUGCGAAGGAGAAGUAAAGCCAAAAGAGAGGUUUUAUACGUGUGAUGAGUAUUGUUGUGUCACCCUACACAUUGAAUGCUUACUUGGGAAGUACUUAUACAUGAAACCCGGUUCAUCGUUUCUCAUCUCAAGGGAUAGAAAGGUUAGUGUUCUGUCUAACAAUCAUCACAUGUCUAGACCUAUUUGUUGUCAUUGUAAGAAGCGUUGUACUGGAAAAGUAGUUUUCCAGUUUCGUGGAAAGCUUAUUUGUUCCAUAGAAUGUGUUGUCAAUUUCCUUUAAAAUAUUAUAUGGGGGUAUUGUGACUAGAGAGAGGCCAAUGGAGCAGCUCGAUGGUCAUUAGACUCAGUACUCAUGUUGUAAGAACUAAGUGAUAUUCUAUAUGUAUUCUGUGUUAUUGGUUAGUCUCAUA